GUCGGGAGGAGCGCGCGCUCUCUCUCUCUCUCUCUCUCUCUCUCUCUCACACACACACACACACACAUUCAGAGGCGUCUCAGGAUAUCCUCAGCACAAGGACAUCGAUAAACAGCGAGUGGGGUUUUAUUUUAAAGUACUCGUUUAAUCCCCUGGAAAUAAACUCGGCGUCCUGUGUGUGUGUGUGUGUAUGUGUGUGUGUCAAUGAGACGUUGUUGUUCCAGGAGCGUUGUGGUUUCAAAUUCAUAACUUUUCCCCCGGAUGUUAUGGUGAGCUGAAAUUCCCAGUGGCAGCAGAGAAGCAGCUGUCCUCUCGUCUCUCCCUGGAUCUUGUUCUGCUCUACGUUACGAGCAGGUUGUGGAAGAAGCCUGACGCUGUAUCCGUGAUAUGCGCCGUCUAACCUGAGGACGAGUGUGAAUCUGCACGUUCCCGCUCUCUCCUCCUCCUCCUUCUUCUCCUCCUCCUCCUCUCCCUCUCUCUCUCUCUCUUUCUCGUUUUUCCUCAUUGUUGUGGCAGAGUACCCAAUGUGACUUUAGAGUAAACAGAGCUUCCAGACACGGCACUUUUUUUUUUGGGAGCUGAUUGAGUGAGAGGAGGAGGAAGAGGAGGAGGGAAGAAAGCGAACCUGAGGGCAGUCCCACCUUUGCUUACCUUCGAGCUGUAAUAACAAGAGGAGAGGAGAGAAGAGAAGCAGAAAGAGCCGGGAGCCUUGUAGGAUCUAAUGCUCUGUGUGUAGCCAGAGCAGGUUUGAUGCUGUGAGAUAAGCAAAAGAUCAGCUAAACAUACGUUCCCUUCGCUGUAACAAUUCCGAAAGAGCAAGAAAGCGAGAGAGAGGAGUGAAUAUGGGAGUCCUGCUGGGUGCCGUGCUUGUGCUGGCUCUGAUCUGUCAAAAUCAUAGCUACAGCGUCAGAAGCCCUCUGGACAGAUACAAACGAUUUGAAAAGACAGGAUGGUCCGACCCGAACGACUGCUCUCAGGCCAGGCAGUCUUUUAUCCAGUCCAACCCUUACAACUUCUCCUUGGACAUCCGGAUGCCAGGGGUCACCCCAACAGUGUCUGACUCCUAUUACUGUAUGGCUGUUCCAGUGCCAACGCCAAGGGACGUCUAUAUAGUGGACUUUGUGCCCCAUGCUUCCAUGGAGACGGCCCACCACAUGCUCUUGUAUGGCUGCAGAACCCCUUACUCCACCAAAGGCUACUGGGACUGUGGGACAGAACAGGGAACCUGUGAGGAUGAAGCCAAGAUUAUGUAUGCCUGGGCCAGAAAUGCUCCACCCACCAAACUCCCUAAAGAUGUCGGCUUUAGAGUUGGAGGAAAUUCCAGGAUAACCUACUUUGUGCUGCAAAUCCACUAUGGUGAUGUCUAUAACUUUAAAGAUCACCAUAAAGACUGCUCAGGACUUACUCUCAGAAUGACUUCCAAACCGCAGCCCUUUAUAGCUGGCAUGUACCUGAUGAUGUCCGUAGACACCGUUAUCCCGCCGGGAAAGACAGUUGUCAAUGCUGACAUCGCUUGCAAUUACCAGUCAUACCCGAUGUACCCAUUUGCCUUCAGAACCCACACACAUCGCCUUGGUAAAGUCGUUAGUGGUUACAGAGUUCGAAAGGGAGAGUGGACGUUGAUUGGCCGGCAGUCUCCACAGCUACCACAGGCAUUUUAUCCAGCCAGCAAUGCCAUUGACGUGAGAUACGGAGACACACUGGCUGCUCGCUGCGUUUUCACAGGAGAGGGAAAGACGACUAAAACUCAAAUCGGCGGCACUUCCAACGACGAGAUGUGCAACUUUUACAUCAUGUACUACAUGGAAAGCCAGCAUGCUCAGCCUUACAUGGACUGCAUGGACCAUGGCACCAGCAAUCUGUUCAGAAACAUUCCUGCUGAAGCCAACAUCCCCAUCGCCAUCAGCCCGGACCAAAUGAUGUCUAUGAGUCAUGGCAUGGUGCAUAAAGACGGCGAAGACGCUGCCACUCUCCAGCAACCGAAGAGGGAGGAGGAGGAGGUCCUGGAUCAGGGUGAUUUCUACUCCCUUCUCUCCAAACUCCUAGGGGAGAGGGAGGACAUUGUCCAUGUGCAUAAGUAUAAUCCCACGGAGGCCCACGCGGAUCUGGUGGCCGAAAUCGAUAGCAUAAUGCAAAAGAAAGACCUGGGCUGGCGCGGGCCCAGGCUAGGCUACGCACACAGAGACGGUGCAGUUCUGGUGAGGGACAGAGUGCACAAGUUUCACCAGUUAGAAUCCACUGUCAGGCCUCCGGGGACCAAGACUGUACCUGCCAGACUGCCAGGCUCAGGGGUGGCAAUGGCCAAAAAACAAGGGACCCAUCUGGAGGAGACUACUGGCUGGCCGGAGGUGGCACUGCAGCUGGGUCAGGUGUCCGGUUUGGCUCUGGACUCUGAUGAUAACCUGGUUAUAUUCCACAGAGGGGAUCACAGAUGGGGAAUCAACUCUUUUGACAACAACGCAGUAUACCAGCAGAAGUCCCUCGGUCCUAUUCAACAAUCCACCAUCUUGGUGGUGGAUCCAGUCAAAGGCAAUGUGCUGAAGGCCUCAGGGAGAAACAUGUUUUAUAUGCCACAUGGUAUCACAACCGAUAAGGACAAUAAUUAUUGGGUGACGGAUGUAGCUCUUCAUCAGGUGUUCAAACUGAGCAGUGACGGUAAAGAGAAACCGCUGCUGGCUCUUGGAGAGGCUUUUGUGCCAGGCCCUGACAAGAACCAUUUCUGCCAGCCUACUGAUGUGGCUGUGGAUCCAGACACUGGCAACAUCUAUGUGUCUGACGGCUACUGCAAUACCAGGAUUCUUGCAUUCUCACCAGAGGGAAAAUAUCUGUCGCACUGGGGAGCAGGUUCGUUGGACCAGCGGAACCGUGUACCCUUCCAGAUCCCCCACAGCCUGGCCUUUGCGACAGAUAAGCGCGAGCUGCUGGUGGCUGACCGGGAGAACGGGCGCGUUCAGUGCUUCAUGGUGGACACGGGCGAGUUUGUAAAGGAGAUCAAGAAGAAUGAGUUUGGAGGAGAGGUUUUUGCCGUUUCCUACUCACCUGCACAAGGUGGCUUAAUCUACGUGGUGAAUGGAGACUCAGCAUACGGCCAGUCCGCCCCACUUCAAGGCUUUGUGCUCAAUUACUCGACCAAGGAGAUCCUGGAUACGUUCGCGCCAGAAACACAGAAAUUCAAAAUGCCUCACGACAUUGUUGUUACCAAAGAUGGAAGUGUCUUUGUUGGGGAUGCCGCCUCAGACUCGGUUAUAAAGUUUGUCCCAUCAGAAAAAGCAGAACAUCGUUCUGUUAAAAAGGGAGGAAUCGAGGUGCAGGAAAUUGAAGAAACGGACACAUUCAUCCAGGCCAAACUGAAGCCGAUCCACAAGCAGAUGGUCCACACCGCUGAAGUCACUGUACAGAAACUACCCACGACUAAAGAGAAGGAGGCAGCACCGGUUCAACAGGCCAUAGCUACAGAGGAGAAGGAAAAGGAGAAAGACAUAGAGAAUGAGAAGAAGAGUGCCACAACUCAAGGUCUGUCUCCUGCUGUCAUCACUACUCUGCUCCUGCUUCUCCCCCUGGUUCUGGUCAUCACCAUUGGCGUCUUCAUCCGCUGGAAAAAGAGCAGGAUGUAUGGAGAUGGCCAUGAGGUGAAGCUCGAACCAUCAGGAUCCUCAGGAGGACUCUUGGGUAAACUCAGAGGCAAAGCUGCAGGGACAUUAAACCUGGGUAAUUUCUUUGCAACCCACAAAGGCUACACACGGCAGGGCUUUGACCGUCUCAGCACAGAGGGCAGCGACCUGGAGAAGGAUGACGAAGACGCCACUGACUCGGAGAAUGAGGAGUAUUCCGCUCCUCCUCCGCCGGUUUCCUCGUCCUAAUGACCAGACCUAGUCUCCGCCCUCUCCGUCAGUGCUCAAACCCUUAAAAUGUACUGCAAUCUUAUAUAUAAAACUUAUACGCAUUGGCUGCCAGUAUAUUUUAUUUAUUUGCGCAGAAACCUUUCUUCUCGAUAGAAAUAUACGACUGCCACUUUAAUUUAUGAUUUUAAGGGAGCAAGCGUGUAGAGAGCUAACACUGGUAGAUUUAGAGAUCCAGCUAUCUGCUUAUUUUUAAUGAAAGAGGAGAAGUAGGUAGAGGUGUUUUUAAUUUCAGUUCGACAGAUAUGUGCCGAUUAAUUUAUCUUGAUCAAACAUGGUACGUUUUUUUUUUUUUUUUAGUUUUCAGGUAUCUGAUCCAGAUGUUAGUUCAUCUCUUAUUUGUACAUUUGUGCCUUUUUGAUUAUGUAUUUCGCCUUGUGCAGCACCUAUAUUACUACAGAUGUGCCACUUUCUUCAAAGCGCUGCUAUCGUCACUUGUAUUUUGAUUUAUGUCGUGCCGCAUUCAAUGAAAAGAAAAAAAAGAGGAUUAUAAAGAUGUAUCUAAAGCUGUAUUUACAACAUUUUCCAAGCAGAAUGUGAGAUGUGUCUGAUAUUUGUUGUGACAUACUGAGGUUUUAUUGCAAGAAUACUAUUUUCAGUAAUAAUGUUAUUUGUGUAAUAAAGUGUCUGCAAAGCAUUA